AUGAAUACUCAACAACCACAAACUCCAAUUCAUUUAAUAACAUCAACUGAAUCUUCAUCAAAUCAAUUUAAUUUAAAUCAUUUGAAAUCUCCUUUAAAUUCACAAUCUGAUGAUAAAGAUGAUGAUAAAGACCAAAUUAAUCAAGGAUUUUUAAAAUCUCCAUUAAAUUCAUUAUUUAAUCAAUCAUCAACAAUAAAUCAUGAAUCUGAAUCAAUUGAAAUAAUGUUAAAAAAUAUGAUUUUUUAUUUAAAAACAAAUUCAACAACAAAUUUAAAUGAUGAUAAAAUUGAAUUAGAUAAAUCCUAUUUAAAUUCAAUAUUAGAAAAAAGUUUAAACACAAUAAAUCAUCUGAAUUUACAAAACAACAUCUUAAAAUUUGAAAACAAUGAAUCAAAUAAAAGAUUUAACGUUGAAUCAAACCUAAUAAAAUCACAAGUUGAUUAUUUAUUAAAAUCUCCAUUUAAACCAUCUCAACCAUCUCAACCAACAACAACAACAUCAACAACCAAUUCAUUACCAAAAAAAUCAAAAUUUAAAAUUGAAAAAAAUUAA